AUGACCAAGUUUACUAAAGUUGUUACUCGUAUUUCUAUUUCUUUCGCAUUAUUUAUAGUAUUUGACGGUGGGGUAAUCAAUGUACAAGAUCAAUCGGACAUUUCUCAGUUACGCGGCUGCACCUCUUUCACGGGAACAAUAUCCAUAAUAGGAACUAAACUUAUAAGCCUCUCGAUUCCCAAGAUACAAGCACUUCAAGGAACAUUCACCGUACAAUACAAUCAAUAUCUCACCAGUUUCUCAUUACCAGACUUGAAAUCAGCCAGCAACUUAAUUUUCACGCAAAAUAAAGUUUUAUCAGCAAUCAAUGUGCCAAGAUUAAAAGCUGUUACCACGUUCAAUAUCAAUUCUGCACCGAGAUUGAGAGCGUUGUCUUUCCCAGUUGGAUUGAAUUCUAUCGAGAAUUUCGAGAUUGCGGAUACUGCGAUUGAACUAGUGAAGGGUGUUGUUGCGUCGCGUGUAAGUAGUUUAGGGUUGCUGCGAAAUGUGAAUAUGAGGAGUUUGGCGUUGCCGGAUCUUUUGUCUGCCGAGUCAUUGGAAAUUAUUGGAAAUGGUAGAGGGAAUUUUCAGUUUGAGGCAAUUAGUUUAAGUUUAUUGGGACAAGGAAACUUCAAAAACCUCGUGUCAACAUAUUUUCCCUCACUCGACAAAGUAACUUCAAGUCUAACAUAUAUGGAAAACUCAUUCACCUCUCUCUCCCUACCCAAAUUAUCUGAAAUCGGCGGCACUCUCACGAUAUCUUCAAAUCCUCGACUCGAAACAGUGUCGCUUCCUGAAUUAUCUCAUAUUGACGAAGAUCUAAUUAUAGAAAAUAACCAAAAUUUGGUCAAAAUUGACGGCUUUGAUAAACUCUAUCAAAUUGACGGGAAGGCAGAAAUAUCGGGUGACAUCUCAACUGCACUAUUUCCUUCUUUGGAGGUCGUCGGUCGUGGCGCGAAUGUCGAGUCUAGUUCUUCGAGCGUUGGAUGUAACGGAUUCGAUAAUCUACGUGUUGGAGACGUUAAAGUAAAUAAAAUUGACUGUUCAUUAGACGCUGAUAAAAAGGAUUACUCAGACGUGCAAGAAACUAUAACCAAGUCUGACGAUCACCACUCAAAACCUGCGAAUAGUAGCAUAAUAUUCGACACACAAGAACCCGCUACCGACCAAAAACAAGAACACACAAACACGAACAGUGAAGUCAAACAACAACAAAAUAUUUAUAUCGCAAAUAUGAAUGGAGCAGACAAAAUUAAUCUGUUUGGACAAGUGAAAGGACAUAAAUUGCUGUCACCAAUUUGGGCAUUCGAAGAAUUCCAUAUGCUUAUGGAAUCAGAGGACAACUAG